CUUUCAUUUUUGUUAUUUCUUUUUGCAGUUCUGAGUGGUCCAAUUUUGAUCAGUUGACCCAAAUGCAUAUCAAAAAAAUGCCUGAACACUCGAACACUUUUCGAGGAAUCCGUUCCUCCAAGUUCCGGCACGUAUUUGGGAGAGGAAGUAGGAAGGAAAACUGUUACGAGAAUGUGCUCAUCACCCAGAAGACCCACGACACAGCGGCCUGUGCUGUCAACCCGAAAUUUGUGGCCAUUGUUGUGGAAGUGGCAGGUGGUGGGGCCUUCUUGGUUUUGCCAUUAGACAAGACUGGUCGCAUAGAUGUAAACACCCCAAAAGUAACAGGACAUGCGGGACCAGUGCUCGAUAUCAAAUGGUGUCCCUUCAACGAUAACCUCAUAGCCUCGGCUUCAGAUGACUGUAUGGUAAAGCUGUGGCACAUUCCAGACGGAGGAAUCAAGGCACCACUUACAGAAUCUCUGGCCGAUCUCCAGGGUCACCAGCGCAGAGUGUCCAUAAUUGAAUGGCAUCCAACGGCAGAAAAUGUUCUCCUCUCAGCUGGAUAUGACUAUCAGAUUCUAGUAUGGGACACACGCCGUGCCGCUCUCAUGCAGACGAUUGAUCUCCACUCGGAUGUGAUCUACAGCCUUUCUCUAAAUCGCAAUGGAUCGCGCAUUGCAACCACAAGCAGAGACAAGCGAUUGCGUGUCAUUGAUCCUCUCUCUGGGAAACUUCUGCAGGAAACUAUAUGCCACGAGGGAUCCAAAGCUUGCAAAGCUGUUUACUGUGGUGACACUGGGAAGGUGUUCACCACUGGCUUUUCUCGAUUCAGUGACCGCCAGUACGGUGUGUGGGAUGAGAAGAACUUGAACACUCCCCUGCGCUUGGAUGUCAUUGAUUCGUCUUCAGGAAUCCUCACUCCAUUUUAUGAUCAUGACACAAAGAUUGUCUUUGUGGCAGGGAAGGGGGAUGGCAACAUUCGAUACUACGAAAUCACCGACAGUCCCCCAUAUUGCCACUUUUUGAAUCAGUACAUUUCAGGGGAGCCUCAGCGUGGGUUGGGCAUCAUGCCGAAGAGAGGUUGCAAGGUGUCACACUGUGAAAUAUUCCGCUUCUACAAGUUAUAUGCAACCAAACCAAUUUGUGAACCCAUUUCCAUGAUUGUCCCAAGGAAGAGUGACCAGUUCCAGCCUGACCUAUACCCAGACACAGCCUCUCCAACACCAGCACUGUCAGCAGAGGAGUGGUUCAGCGGCACCACGAAAGGGCCUGUCCUGAUGUCAAUGAAGACAGGUAUGACUAUCAAAACCCACCGGCCACUGCCACUACGACCAACGGAAUCUUCAUCAGAUAAAAAUGCAGACAAGAAGUAUGCUUUCCUCUCAAUGGAGACUCGUGCUGACUACCGCCCCAAGGAGUUGUCAAUUAGGACCCAGAGCAGCACGGACAAAGACCUCAAGACAUCCACCAAUUUGGACACGAAGUUCCAGGCGCUUCAGAAACUGUGGGGCUGUAAUGUAAAGAACCUGCCCGACAACAAGGAGCAGUCAUCGACCACCAGCAGUGGCAUUGAAAGUGAAAGGGCCUCCACAACCACAAGAAACAUCAUCAACAAAAUCAGCACCAGAGACUCUCCCAAUAAGCUGUCUCAGCGCAUGGAAGAGAAGGAGAUCGAAAUCUUGGACAAGCCAUCGCCUAAGACGGAGUCGGAGACAUCCCUGCCUUAUCCUUCGUAUCAGCUGCGGAGAGCGUACACAGCACAAUGUGAAGAGCUCAAACUCCUCAGACGCCAGCUCAUCCUGAAGGACCGAAGAAUCCAUGAGCUGGAAGACCAACUAAAUCAGUUAAAAGUGACUCGCAAAUAGAUAGGAGUCAGAAGCACUGAAGCUCCAAAAAGGUGGGAUCUACCCAGUAACAGCACAAGGUGUCAUCGUCUUCAUCUCCACAUCCCGCAACAUCAGUUUGGGAGUGGUAGUACACAAGAUGUAAUUUUUUUACUCUUUAUUUUUUUAAUGCAAGAAAUUUAAUGUACAGAAACACUGUAGACUUAGCUUUGGGGUAGAGUGACUGUAAGAAGGACAGACCCCUGUAAAAGAACUGCCAAGUCUCAAUCACUGGUAGAUGUAAAGGGUUGCUGCCUCUUCUGGCUAGUCAUAGUUGGCAGUGAGCUUAAGUAGUAGGAAUAGAGAGGGAAAGCUGUGAAGAGCUGAAAGUAUCUGAUAUAAUGCUUGGUGUGGUUCGGCUGGAAAUUAGCUGGAAAGGUGUCAGAUGGUAUAUAAUAUGCAAUGUUGUGAUAACGAUUCUUCAAUGAUAUCUGAUUACUGCUGCCUUCAUGUGAUGAAAUAACCUUGUAGUCAAACUGACUUACUAGAGGUGGUCCUUAAAGGUAAACACCUUCAGAUUAUAAAUUUCUAGCUUGUGUGCAGUGUUGCUGCGAAGGAGGCGCAAAAUGUGACCACCUCUUAGUAACAAACAUUUACACAGAACCUGGUUACUCUUUGUCUGCUGUGCUUAGGCACUUUUAUAUAUAUCAGGCACUUAUGCACAUAAAUGUAAGCAUUCAUCUCAAUGAAUUACAAAGCAUGGCUAUGCUACUGUGACUUAUAUUUCUAUAUUCAUCAUUCUCAUCAGGGCGCAUGAGUCAGUUGAGGUGUUUUUUCAGUAACAUAAAACUGGCACAAAUGAAAGUCCAAGUUUUAUAUACAUGUCUGAGAAUGCAUUUUAUGGAGGCUUAGUUUUUGCAAAGAAUGUGUUUACUACCAAUUUUUUAUUGUGAGUUUUAGGAAUAGUGAUAUUUUCCUAGAUGUAACCAGUGUAUGUACAUCAUGUUAAUGUAUUGAAAUAUUAAAGUUCAUGCUUGGUUCAUAUUGCAAAACAGACAGACACAAGUAUUUCAUUGCUAUUUUUUGAGUCAGUAAGAUGCAUCAAGCAGUAUGUCACAAACAACUCACUUUUUAUUUCAUGUAAAGCACAGAGUAUUGAUGUUAUGAAUAUGUAAUGGCAUGUUUAAUAUGUAUACUGGCAGCAUCAUUCCAGUUUUGUUAAGGCAUACUUAGUGGAAAGUCUUAGGGAAGAUACUCACUGAGAUUUUCAUGCAGGUUUUACUACAGCAUGAGUAUGCAGGGGAACAUGUAAUGAAUAAGUAGUUAGUCUAGAUCACCAGUGGUCAAAUGAUUUAAGGGGAAAAAAAGGUUUGGGAACUCUGGCCUGACUUAGAUGUGUUUUACAAAUGAUUUUUGCAAAGCCGUGAGAAUUAUCAUAGCUCCUUGACUAUUGCCAGAGUGUUGAAGCUUUCAUUAUUUAGUAUCUUGUGUUGUCUGGUCAAAGCUGAAUCUCAGAAGAACCAUUCAAAGUCAACAUGAUUGUGGAAAGUUAAUGCUUUCGCCUUUUGUGCCUCUCGGUUGGCAGUACAAGUGUUGUGAAGAGAUAUAUUCCAAAUAUCAUUCCAGUUUGCUUCUGAAGAUGGAUGUUCAAAUGUGGAGUUCCAAGGGGAGUUAAUUGUUUUGAGUCAUCUUUUGAAUUUUGUUUGAUUAUCAUUCCAGUUUCUUAAUUAUGCACAUGUGUACAAUUUUUUCUUUUCCUUUUUUAUUUUAUAUUAAAGUUGAAUCACUUAUUCUUGUGAAGAUUUUUUUUUUCCUUUUCUCUCCUCCUCUUCUCUUCCCUUCUCUUUUCUCUUCUCUUCUUCUCUUCUCUCCUCUCCUCUCCUCUCCUCUCCUCUCCUCUACUCUCCUCUCCUCUCCUCUCUAUGAGUAUUACCAAAUAUAAAUUAUGAUGUGAUAGAUUUUUUCACCAAAGAAAUAAUGUUUGAUUUUCCAUCUGUGGUAUGACUUAGGACAAUCUCAGGAACCGGCAUCUAGUGGAAUUAGUCAUUUCAAAUUCUUUGCUGAUUUUGUCUUGAGUUAUUUGUAUCUUUUUCUUUUUUUCCUUCUUGUUUUGGAAGAUUUGGAGGCUUUUCCUUCAGUUCUCAUGUCUUGUUGACUUUGAUUUAUAUAAGUUCAUAUUUCUUGUAUGAUAUCACUUAUUUUGUGAGUUGGUUCUACUUGCUUUUGUCAAAGAUUAUUUUUAUAGGUUUUCUGGUCUCUCCCUUUGAACUUUUAUGUUGCCAGUAUAUAUCAGUCUUGAUAUGUAUUUUUUAUAUAUAUUUAUAUUUUUUUGUGCUUUUAUUAUUUUUAUAUUAUUUACAAUCUUAGGUUUUUAUGUUGAUGAAACCUUUGCAAGUUUUGGUAAUUAUAUAUUUAUGUAAGAUGCAUGGUUUCGGAUGCUGAUUGUGGAAGCUUAAAAAUAAGGCUGGAGGGGUAUUUUUUAUUUAUUUAUUCACUGUUAUAAUACCUGAUUUUUAUAGUCAUUCAUCAUCCCUAUGUAUUAAAUAGAGAAACAUAUCAACAAAAAAGAAUAUGGUGACUGGACACUAAGGACCUUCAUAAUAACCAGUCAGUGGUAGAUAAUGAACCUUAGUGCUACAGUGGCACCUGAUGCACUUCUAUACACCCCUCUGAUUUGCAGUGAUUUUUUUUAUUUUAUUAUUAUUGUUGUUAUAUUGUAUUGUUUUCUUUACCUAUUUAAGAAAAUUGUUACUUUUAUUAUUGUUUUCCUUUCUUUCUGCCUUACAUUCUCCCUUCUCCCACUCCAUUCCAUGAUGCUGCAUGGUGGCCUAUAAGCCUCAGUAGAUCUAGUUCCUUACACAUGGUAAUAUUUAGUCUGUCCUUGACUAUGAUUUGUGUAUACCUUGAGUUUGGUAAGGCAGGUUAUACUGAUGUUCACUCAGUUGCAAAACACUCGAAGUCUUCUGUCUCAAUACUCUCUCCUUUCAUGCAGCAAGAGUAUGUGUUUGCUGUGGUAAAAGUCACAUGGGUAGCAAGCAGUUUGUUGCCUUCUUGGACAAGUAACAGGGAUGACUCACAUUUCAAGCUUAGACAAAGACUCCGUGUUGUGGUUUCAAUUAUUGAAGUAAGGCAUAUAACAGGUUUUUGUUUAUGUAUUUGUUUUUUUAUUUAUAUUUUUAUUCCAGUCCUGUAUUCAUUUUUUGGUAAAAAUUUUCAGACAUUUAAUGCAUUAUUGAAAUAUUUCUAGGAUGGAUCUCUCAUUACCUUUAUGCUUAGAAGACUCCUUCAUGAUAUAGAAUCAAGCUUAUGUAAUGUCUCAUAUGGCAAGAAUAAGGAGUAAAAAUUAUGAUUGGACCCAACAUUAAUGGUGCAGUAUGUGGUCUCCUUGACAAUAGUAUUAUCAUUAGAAUAAGGCUUUGUUAUAUUGUCUUCUCAUGUGCAACACAAAUAAAUGGUUGUAAUCAUAAA